AUGGCGGCAAAGAGGAAGGCAGCGUCCAUGGCGCCCGAGGACGACGACCCCAUAGAUCCAUCUGAUGAGCUCAUGUUUCUUUGCCUUGGCGGUGGUAACGAAGUCGGCCGCUCAUGUCACAUCAUCCAGUACAAGGGCAAGACGGUCAUGCUCGAUGCCGGUAUGCAUCCUGCGCACGAAGGCUUGUCCGCCAUGCCCUUUUACGACGACUUCGAUCUCAGCACUGUAGAUGUGCUACUAAUAUCACAUUUUCACGUCGACCAUGCCGCUUCUCUGCCCUACGUGCUUGCUAAGACGAACUUCAAGGGCCGCGUCUUCAUGACACAUCCCACCAAGGCCAUCUACAAGUGGCUUAUCCAAGACUCUGUCCGCGUGGGCAACAUGUCAAGCAAUUCCGAGACCAAGAUACAAAUGUACACUGAAGCCGACCAUCUCAACACCUACCCGAUGAUUGAGUCCAUCGACUUUUAUACUACACACACUGUAGCUGGUGUCCGGAUUACACCAUAUCCCGCAGGCCACGUAUUAGGAGCAGCCAUGUUCCUGAUGGAGAUUGCAGGUCUGAAGAUAUUGUUCACUGGAGACUACUCGCGAGAGGAUGACCGACAUUUGGUAUCGGCCUCUGUACCAGCUGGCGUCAAGGUUGAUGUGCUCAUCACCGAGUCAACCUUUGGUAUUUCAAUGCACACGCCGCGUGUUGAGCGAGAAGCACAGCUUAUGAAGGCAAUCACCGACGUUCUCAACCGCGGUGGCCGAGCUCUUCUCCCAGUUUUCGCUCUAGGCCGAGCUCAAGAGCUGUUGCUUAUCCUGGAUGAAUAUUGGAGCAAGCAUCCAGAGGUCCAAAAGAUACCCAUCUACUACAACUCCAGCUUAGCCCGGAAGUGUAUGCAAGUCUACCAAACCUACGUCUCCGCCAUGAACGACAACAUCAAGCGUCUGUUCGCUGAGCGGAUGGCUGAAGCGGAGGCUGCAGGAGACACUGGACGACGUGGAGCUUGGGACUUUAAGUUUGUGAGGUCACUCAAGAGUCUUGAACGUUUUGAUGACUUGGGAGGUUGUGUCAUGCUUGCUUCGCCUGGUAUGAUGCAAUCUGGUACUUCUCGUGAGCUGCUUGAGAGAUGGGCACCCGAUCCAAGGAACGGUGUCAUCAUUACCGGUUAUUCCGUCGAAGGCACAAUGGCGAAGCAAAUCGUUCACGAGCCAGAUCAAAUUCCUGCAAUUAUGACGCGAGCCAGCAACACAGCACGACGUCCAGGUCAGCGAGAAAACGAACAAACCAUGAUACCCCGUCGAUGCACAGUCCAAGAAUACAGCUUUGCAGCUCACGUUGACGGAAAGGAAAAUAUGGAGUUUGUGCAAGAGGUAGCAGCACCAGUUGUCAUCCUUGUUCAUGGUGAGAAAGGUAACAUGACGCGUCUCAAAUCCAAACUUCUCUCUUUCAACGCUCAAAAGGCCAUUCCCACAAAGAUCUACUCCCCUGCAAACUGCGAAGAGCUCCGCAUCCCCUUCAAGACCGAUAAGAUCGCCAAGGUAGUGGGAAAACUAGCCUCCAUCGCACCGCCUUUACCACGCUCCCUGACUCCCGGUGGCAGUGAAAUAGACCAAAAGGGAGGCAAGGGAGACGAAAGUGAGAGGGUAGAUUUGAUUAGCGGAGUGUUGAUCCAGAACGACUUCAAGAUCAGUCUGAUGGCGCCAGAAGAUCUGAAAGAAUACGCUGGCUUGACCACAACAACCAUUCUCUGCAGGCAACAUCUCACCCUCAGUGCCGCAGGCAUCGACCUGAUACGAUGGGCGCUCGAGGGCACAUUCGGCGCCAUCAAAGAGUCCAGUCUCACCGACGCCGCAGUCAACGGCAAGAUGAACGGCGCGGAAAACGGCCACAAGGAAGAAGAAGCCGACGAAGAAGUCAACAGAACACAAACCAAAUUCACAAUCAUGGACUGCGUCAGCGUCUUGGUGAAAAACGGCGGCCGCGUAGAAGUCGAGUGGGAGGGAAAUGUCAUCAACGAUGGAAUCGCAGAUGCCGUUCUCGCCGUCUUGUUUACUGUUGAAUCUUCUCCUGCGGCCGUACGACAAUCCUCAAAACAACACUCACACAGCCACCACACCGACGACAAAAAUAGCAACGACGACUCCAUCAACCUAACCCACCGCUUCAAAACCCCUCACCCCCAUCACACCCCCGACCCUUCCACUCGCCUUGCCCGCCUCUUCCUCUUCCUCGAAGCCCAAUUCGGCGAAGAAGCCGUCCGCCCCAUCACCCUGCCGCGCAACAGUACCACAACCGCGACCGCAAACGGGACGCCCGCAGCCGCUCCCUCACCACCCCCCUCCGACACAAAGUUCCUCAGCAGCGUCGCCGGCCUACCCCUGUCCAACGACGGCGACGACAUGCCAGACGUAGACGACCAAUUGUCAGCACAGGACAGAGCAGAGUUGAAGCGGUUGCAUCAUUUGGGGAUACCGGUUCCGGGGGUGGAAAUCAAGUUUGAUCGGUUUGUCGCCAAGGUUUGGUUGGAGGAUCUGGAGGUCGAGUGUGCGAAUAAUGCGUUGAGGGCGAGGGUUAAGGCUGUUGUUGAGAGGGGGGUUGAGACGGUUAGUGGACUUUGGGUUUGA